AUGAUUGCGAAUUGGUCGAAUUUAAAUCGGCGCGGCUUUCAAUUGGUUGAAAAUCUGAUAAUUGCUCGAACGCAGCGUAUAAAAGAACGUGUUAUUCAAGGAAAAGUACCAGAAGUCUUGAAAGUUUCGCAUUCGCAUUUUUCAACUACUUGUUGCAUACAUAAGCACAAUAUGACUGAAAUAAUUUAUAAGAAUGUCUGGGAAAUAGACUCAGAACUUUUUAAAUUAAUGAAAAAAGAGAAGAAGAGACAAGAGUCUGGUCUUGAAAUGAUUGCCAGUGAGAAUUUUACAUCUCUUAGCGUACUGCAAUGCUUAAGUUCUUGUCUUCAUAACAAAUAUAGUGAAGGAUUGCCUGGCAAAAGAUAUUAUGGAGGAAAUGAAUAUAUUGAUGAGAUUGAAUUAUUGGCACAAAAACGUGCUUUAGAAGCAUUUAAUUUAAAUCCAGAAGAAUGGGGUUGUAAUGUACAACCAUAUUCAGGAAGUCCAGCUAAUUUUGCUGUUUAUACUGGUUUAAUUGAGCCACAUGGUCGUAUAAUGGGAUUAGAUCUUCCAGAUGGAGGGCAUCUUACACAUGGUUUUUUUACUUCAACAAAAAAAGUUUCUGCAACAUCAAUAUUUUUUGAAUCAAUGCCAUAUAAAGUUAAUAUUGAAACAGGUUUAAUUGAUUAUGAUAAGCUAGCUGAAGAAGCAAGAUUGUUCAAGCCUAAAAUUAUUAUAGCAGGUGUAUCUUGUUAUAGUAGAUGUUUAAAUUAUAAGCGAUUCAGAGAAAUAGCAGAUGAAAAUAAUUCAUAUUUAUUUAGUGAUAUGGCACAUAUAUCAGGAUUAGUUGCUGCUGGAUUAAUUCCCAGUCCAUUUGAAUAUAGUGAUGUUGUAUCUACUACAACUCAUAAAACUUUGAGAGGACCACGAGCUGGUGUUAUCUUUUUCCGUAAAGGAGUUAGAAAUAUUGACCAAAAUGGUCAAAAAGUUAUGUAUGAUUUGGAAAAUAGAAUUAAUCAAGCUGUAUUUCCAGGUCUACAAGGUGGUCCUCACAAUCAUGCAAUUGCAGGAAUUGCUACAACAAUGAAACAAGUUAAAUUUCCAGAAUUUGUUCAAUAUCAAAAACAAAUUAUAGCUAAUGCAAAGAGACUAUGUUCAGGGCUUCAAGAGCACAAUUAUAAAAUCAGUACAGGUGGUACUGAUGUUCAUAUGUUACUCGUAGAUGUACGAUCUGCAGGUACUACAGGAGCUAAAGCAGAAAAAAUUUUGGAGAGUAUUUCCAUUGCUUGUAAUAAAAAUACUGUGCCUGGUGAUAAAAGUGCAUUGAAUUGUAGUGGUAUUAGACUUGGCACACCUGCAUUAACAACUCGUGGUUUAGUUGAAAAAGAUAUUGAUAAAGUUGUUGAUUUUAUACACAGAGGAUUGUUACUUUCUAAAGAAGUAUCUAAAAUUUCUGGUCCUAAACUUGUUGAUUUCAAUAGAGUAUUAAGUACUGAUGUUGAUGUAAAAGCAAAGGUUGCAGCUUUAAAGGAAGAAGUAGAAACUUUCUCUAGAAAAUUUCCCAUACCUGGUCUUGAAACAUAUUGA